GCUGGGUAACGGGCCUUCUCCGGCAGCCGCUCGGCCUCUCCUUCGGCUUGUCCCUCCUUCCACAACCUCCGGAGCCCCAGUCGACGGGCCGGGCUGCGCCGCUAGCGGCGCAGCUGAAGAAAUGGGAAUUCCUCCGAGGCGUUCCCGGAGCGGCUGCCUUCUCUGGGGAAGCGGCGGUGUCUUCGAGGAAACCGGAAGCCCGUGGUGACCCCUGGCGACCCGGUUUGUUUUCCGUCCGUUUGCAAACACUGGGGAAUCGAAACUCGGCGGCCCUGGGGGCGGCCCUACGUAGCCUGUCUUCGGGCUGUCAUGGAUGCACUGGUAGAAGAUGAUAUCUGCAUUCUGAAUCAUGAAAAAGCACAUAGGAGAGACACAGUGACUCCAAUCUCAAUAUAUUCAGGAGAUGAAUCUGUUGCUUCACAUUUUGCCCUUGUCACUGCGUAUGAAGACAUCAAAAAACGACUUAAGGAUUCAGAGAAAGAGAACUCUUUCUUAAAGAAAAGAAUAAGAUUUUUGGAGGAAAAGCUUAUAGGAGCUCGAUUAGACGAAGAAACAAGUUCUGUGGGACGUGAACAAGUAAAUAAAGCCUAUCAUGCCUAUCGAGAGGUUUGCAUUGAUAGAGAUAAUUUGAAAAGCAAAUUGGAUAAAAUGAAUAAAGACAACUCUGAAUCUUUGAAAGUAUUGAAUGAACAGCUACAAUCUAAAGAAGUAGAACUCCUCCAGCUAAGGACAGAGGUGGAAACUCAGCAGGUGAUGAGGAAUUUAAAUCCACCUUCAUCAAACUGGGAGGUGGAAAAGUUGAGCUGUGACCUGAAGAUCCAUGGUUUGGAACAAGAGCUGGAACUGAUGAGGAAAGAAUGUAGUGACCUCAAAAUACAGCUACAAAAAGCCAAACAAACGGAUCAAUCUCAGGAAGACAAUCUGAAGAGCAGCGAUCUCCAAAGACUGAGCAUUUCAAGUGAUAAUAUGCAAAAUGCAUACUGGGAACUGAAGAGAGAAAUGUCUAAUUUACAUUUGGUGACUCAAGUACAAGCUGAACUACUAAGAAAACUGAAAACCCCAACUACAAUCAAGAAAGCCUGUGCCCCAGUAGGAUGCAUGGAAGACCUUGGGAGAGACAGCACAAAACUGCACUUGGCGAAUUUUACUGCAACAUACAAAAGACAUUCCCCCCUCUCACCAAACGGCAAAACUGUUUGCCAUACCACAUCUUCCCCUUUACCAGGAGAUAUAAAGGUUUUAUCAGAGAAAGCAAUUCUCCAAUCAUGGACAGAUAAUGAGCGAUCCAUUCUUCAUGAUGGUACUAACUUUCAGGAACACAACUCUUAUGGCAGAAAUUCUCUGGAAGAUAAUUCUUGGGUAUUCCCAAGCCCUCCUAAAUCAAGUGAGACAGCAUUUGGGGAAACUAAAAAUAAAACUUUGCCUUUACCCAACCUGCCACCACUGCAUUACUUGGAUCAACAUAAUCAAAACUGUCUUUAUAAGAAUUAAUUCUGAAGAGAUUCAUGAUCUGGUCAUGCUCCCUCAGUGGCACUCUCAAGAAAUUAACAAACUGAAAGCAGAUUUUGAUUAAACUUUUGCAGAGUUCUUCGGUAUAUACAUUUGCACAUACUGUUCCACAUUAUGUAGUUGAUUUUCCAGUAUGAAAGAGCACCCUCCAGCUCCAUGUUCCGGCUAAGAAUCAGACAUAUGCUACUUAUUAAUAAACUUAAGGUGUUUCAG